CGCGCCGCUCAUUCCUUUACGUUCGUCGUUUGAGAGGUGCGGUACGCGCGGAGUAAUCCGUCACAAUCGGCGAUAUAACGUAGCCGAAAGCGAUUCAAAAUGACUGAGACUCUACAGCUAAGGGGCACGCUUCGAGGCCACAACGGAUGGGUCACGCAAAUCGCGACGAAUCCGAAAUAUCCGGACAUGAUAUUGUCUUCUUCACGUGAUAAGACUCUGAUCGUAUGGAAAUUGACGCGUGACGAAGCUAACUAUGGUAUCCCACAGAAGCGUCUCUACGGUCAUUCGCACUUCAUAAGCGACGUAGUUCUCUCGUCCGAUGGCAACUACGCUCUGUCCGGGUCGUGGGACAAGACGUUGCGUCUUUGGGAUUUGGCGGCAGGUCGCACGACCAGAAGAUUCGAGGACCAUACCAAGGACGUUUUGAGCGUUGCUUUCUCCGUGGAUAAUCGUCAGAUUGUCUCCGGUUCGCGGGACAAGACGAUUAAAUUGUGGAAUACGUUGGCCGAGUGCAAAUACACCAUUCAGGAUGACGGACACACUGACUGGGUCAGCUGUGUGCGCUUCUCUCCGAACCAUGCGAACCCCAUCAUCGUCUCCGCGGGUUGGGAUCGCGUUGUCAAGGUCUGGAACUUGACGAACUGCAGAUUGAAGAUCAAUCAUAGCGGUCAUACGGGAUAUCUGAAUACCGUUACGGUAUCACCUGAUGGAUCACUUUGCGCAUCUGGUGGAAAGGAUUGCAAAGCUAUGUUGUGGGAUCUGAACGACGGAAAGCAUCUCCAUACUUUGGACCACAAUGACAUCAUUACCGCGUUAUGCUUCAGCCCUAAUCGUUACUGGCUGUGCGCCGCGUUUGGACCGUGGAUCAAAAUCUGGGAUCUCGAGACCAAGGAAAUGGUCGAGGAACUAAAACCCGAGGUCGUAUCUGCGACGAGUAAGGCGGAGCCUCCGCUCUGUCUGUCUCUCGCGUGGUCCACCGACGGUCAGACACUGUUCGCUGGAUACUCCGAUAAUACUAUUCGUGUCUGGCAAGUUUCUGUAUCUAGCAGAUAAGCACUUUGUAAUAAAAAAUUAAAAUCCGGUUCUCAACCUAAUCAUUUA